AUGCUGCCUGAGGAGGAAGAGGAAAAACUCGACCAGGCCUCCAGCCUGUCCCAGGAUGACCAGGUCUUACAGAAGCUGCUGUCAGAGACCAGGGACAUGAUCGAGAGUGUUGACUUCCAGACAGUGCUGUCCAAGUGUCUGGAGGCCAGCUUCACCCGGCUGUGUGAUGAAGUAGGCGUGUUCUUCAGUGCAGAGGGAAAUGCUGUGGCCGCAGAUGGGGACAUGGGGGUGCCCAAGGUGACCCUUCCCAUGGCCAAGGUCAUCCCAGUGAUGAACGGGCAGAUCCACCAGAUCUGUAGUGACUCCCCCAACAAAUAUGUACAGGAACUGCUGUUGAUGGAGUGUGUGAAGGAUUUUGCAGCCAAUGUUUAUGAGGCCUUCAGCCAGGCCCAGGAGCCUCCCGGACUUGCCUGA